AAUAAUGUUUCUCAGAUCUGCAAGAUAUGCCUUUUCAUCAUUCCCUUCACCUUUAGUUUCCGUGCAAUAUCUGAAAUAAAAUCUCAAUAAAGUCAAAGUCUUAGGUAAAAUAAAGGCUGAAAAUAGACUGUUCAUGGUACCUUCCCUAAAUGAAUCGCAAUGCAGAAUUAGAAUAUAAAAAAUCCCAUAUUCCUGGAGCAAUUCGUUUUGAUAUUGAUGCAAACAGCCUUUAAGAAACAACUUUACCACAUAUGCUUCCAAAAACAGAAGACUUCGAAAGGUACAUGAUGUAUCUAAUUAAGGUCUGUAUCUGAUAUGGGAAUAAGUAAUAACGAUCAAAUAGUGGUUUAUGACGGAAUGAAUAUCUUUUCGUCUGCAAGAGUCUAUUGGUAAUUCAAAUACUUUGGACAUAAAGAUAUAGCUGUUCUAGAUGGUGGUUUUCCAGCUUGGGUUAGGGAAAAUUGUGCAGUUUCUGAUGCUCCACCAUUAAUUAGGGAGGCCAAAUACAAAGCUACUCCCUAACCUCAUAUGUUGAGAGACCUCAAUUUCAUUCUUAAAAAUAUAGAGAAUUAAAAUAAAGGAAAGAAAGGAGAUUAGGUUUUGGAUGCUAGACCAGCUCCAAGAUUUAAUGGAGAGGUGCCUGAACCUAGACCAGGAUUGUCUAGUGGUCAUAUGCCAUAUUCAUCUUCAUUGCCUUUCAGUCAAUUAAUUGAUUAAAAAACUGGAUUGAUGAAGACUGUAUCAUAUUUCAAUAAUAAAUUAGCCUGAGGAAAUCAAAGAGAUACUCAACAGUCUCAAUGUUGAUGUGAAUAAAAACAUCGUGUGUUCAUGUGGAUCAGGUGUAACAGCAUCAGUGAUUUAUGUUGCAUUAGAAAGAAUAGGGUUGAAAAAUAUCUCAUUAUAUGAUGGAAGUUGGAGUGAGUAUGCUGCUACCAAGGAUGUAGAGAUCAAAAAGAAAUGAAUUUAUAAUAUAUUUAUUAAAUU